UCUGCUUUCCUGCCAUCUGCCUGCUCCACACAAAUUAAACCUGAAGGCAAAGCCACACUCACAAAUGUUGAUGAAGCAAAGAGUGAUUACGCGCCGUAUUUCUAUGAUAAUGAGCCAAACAGUAACAACGGCAAUAUGGCAUUGUUUAGUCUUUCAGAAGAUACAUUAAAAGGAACACAGAUUUAUGUUCUUAAUGGAAGUGACCCAGAAGGUCAGCCGGUAAAAUAUGGGCUGACCUUUGAACCAGGAUCCAAAGAAUAUUUUCGUGUUCAUCCUAUAUCUGGAGCAGUAACUUUGAUAGAGGAGCUGGACAGAGAGGCACAAGAUGAAAUUGAGGUGUUUGUCAGUAUCUCAGAUGGCCUUAAUAAAGUUGUUGAAAAGGUUACAGUUUUUGUGAUGGAUGCCAAUGAUGAGAAACCACAGUUUCAGAAUAUGCCCUCCAUUGUGGAUGUGCCAGAGAACACAACGUCUGGGAGCAGCAUUUAUAAAUUUUUGGCAGUGGACCGAGACACGGGCUCGGGGGGAUCGGUUUCUUACUUCCUCCAGGGCACUGAAGCUGGCACAAAGUUUGCGAUUGACCACAACAGUGGCGUGCUAAGAAUAAAACCUGGAGAAAUGCUCGACUAUGAAAAAUCACGUACACAUUUCAUCACCGUAGUGGCAAAGGACGGGGGUGGCAAUCACCAGGGAAAACAAAUAAUGAUGACAUCAUCUGCUACUUUAACAAUAAAUGUGAUUGACAUUCAAGACUCUCCCCCUAUGUUUGUUGGCACACCUUACUUUUGUUAUGUCUACGAAGUCUCAUCACCUGGCUCUGAGAUAUGUACAGUUUUUGCCAAAGAUGGAGACAUGGAAAAUCCAAAUCCAAUCAUUUAUUCAAUACACUCUGGAGCAGAUGGAGCUUUUACCAUUAAUAAAACCACUGGCUGUAUCAUUCUGAAAGUGUACCCAACCCAACUGAAGAAGGAACUCUUUAAUAUAAAAGUCAAGGCAUCAGAGGUUAAUCCUGAAGGAGAAAUUAUAGAUUAUGCCGUUACCACAGCAACCAUUCGGGUAGUGGACCUGAACAACCAUCCACCCACAUUUUAUGGAGAAAAUGGACCACAAAACACGUUUGAGUUAACAAUGUAUGAACAUCCUCCAGAGGGAGAGAUUCUGAGAGGCUUAAAAAUCACAGUCAAUGACUCAGAUCAGGGAUCAAAUGCAAAAUUUCACCUUAGACUGGUUGGCCCAGGUCGGAUGUUAAGAGUGGUCCCUCAAACUGUCCUGAAUGAAGCUCAGGUCACUGUCCUAGUAGAGGAUUCUGUUUCUAUAGACUAUGAGAAAUCACAAUUCCUGACAUUUAAGCUCCUUGCUGUAGAGAUUGACACACCCGAGAGAUUCAGUGCUACUGCAGAUAUCAUCAUUCAUCUACUAGACACCAAUGAUAAUGCUCCAAGAUUUACUUCCGAUUUUUACAUUGCUCGGAUUCCAGAGAAUUCACCUGGAGGCUCCAAUGUCGUAUCUGUGACAGCCACAGAUCCUGAUUCUGGUCUUUGGGGAAUGGUCAGAUACUCCAUCUACGGCUCAGGUUCAGACCUGUUUCUCAUUCAACCUGAUUCUGGAAUCAUCUACACUCAGCCCUGGGCCAGUCUGGACGCUGAGGUUAAAUCCAAAUAUAACUUCUACGUGAAGGCUGAAGACACAGAGGGAAAAUACAGUCUUGCCGAAGUCUUUGUUACCAUUCUGGACCUCAAUGAUCAUUCACCAGCAUUUAAUGAAAACACUCUGGAGAAGACAAUGAUUAUUGGUGCACCGGUGAAAAUAGAGGCAGUCGAUGAAGAUGCAGAGGAGCCGAACAAUGUAAUUGAAUACUCCAUCAUGAAAGCCGACCCCGACAAUAUAUUUGACAUUGAUGCAGACACAGGAGAAAUUAAGCUAAAGUCCUACAUCAAGUCUAUGGACAUAGUCCAAAACAUCACUAACCAGAGAGACUGUACCUGGUCUAUAGUAGUUCAAGCCAAAGACAGAGGUUCUCCAUCCUUUAGCACCACCACUAUAGUGAAGAUUGACAUCACAGAAGCGACUCAACUCAGAGGACCUUUGGCGUCCUUUUUAAUGAAAAGUAGGGAAAAUCCAAUGCAGAUCCUAGGCUUGAUUGGGGGUGUCAUUGUAAUCGUGAUUUUUGUGACCAUCUUGAUCUCUACCAUUAUAUACAUAAGAAACACAAAGUCCAACAAGAUCCUGCCCUCCCGACGCAUCAUAAAGAGGAAACGUAAACCUCGGAGACAAGAGAACUUUCAACAACCAUUUCGAGAGGAAAAUCAUGAAGAUCAUUUUAGAGACGAGGGAGAUAACGUUAACUUCAACAAUAACAUCAGCGUGUGUAAACAUCGAGCCCCUCCGUCACCUCCUAAUGCCCCUGAUCUUCCCCCACCCUUGCCAAGUCACUACAGGAACAGUAAGAGGGAUUGGACAGUACCCACAGUUUCGGCCUCUGUGGCCUCCAAGACCAAGAAAAAGUCUUUUAGGGGUAAAGACAACCCUGUCAACACCGCAUUGGUUUCUGAGCUCAAACUGAGACUGGAACAGAAAAAUAUGGCCAACAGAUACUGACUAUCUGUCUAAGUAUUGGUUAAAUUCAAUGCAUUUCUUUGUAAACCACAUAAGAAGUGCUAAUAUCCAGUCAUGUUUCUUCUGAGCAAGAAGAUUUGCUGAAGGGAUGAAUCAUCACAAGGACAAGAUCUCAACAUCCAUUGACCUCAACUGCCAACUCUGCAAGCUGCUUACUGAAUCUUUUCUAAUGUAUACAGACUUAUUCGGGGUAAUAGGCUAAACCUAAUGGAUAGUGAAAGAGAAGCGAAAAACCAGCUAAUCAGUAUGCUGUGUACCGCCCCCUCAUGGAGGAAAACAAUCAUUGGUUCACACCCUCUUGUAUGCAGUACAAUUCUCCAUUUUAGGUUACUUUAGAAGUUUUUAAGAAGGGACCAACAAUGAAAAUUAAAUAUGCCUGUUUAUAAUAAUUUUCAUUUACUCACUGUAUGGAUUUUGACACGUUUCAAGGGCACCUUUAAGGCCGUGAAUGUAUCCAAUGUGGAUCUCAUACAGUAGCUUAUAUUUCUUCAAUGAAAUAACUUUUACAAUGCCAAACUAUUUAUAAACAUUUGCUGUUUUAUAUGAAUAUUUUAUGAGACAGUCGUUUAACUGUUCAGUCUAAUAUUUUACUCUUAAACGUCCCAAGUAUAUCUGUUAGACUUAAUAUUUAAACUAAAUCUUUGCUUAUUGGUUAACAACAAUUGUUUAAAUAUUAAGUAAAUAAUUACUAUACUAGUUUACUCC